UCUGUCUCGGGUCGGGUUUAUCUUUUUAAAAAAAAAAAAAAAAAAUAUGCACGUCGGGUUCAGGUAAGAAGUGAUUUUAACUGAUCAGCGCCGUGCUUGUUAGAUUAGUUUGUGCUGUUCAUAGCGCAAGAUUAGUUCGGUAGCACAGUCGAGCGGAUCAAUGGACCGAGCGCGACCGUGCUACUGAACGAAUCUUGCAAGCUCUGUAACAUUGUGCUGUUUGGUCCCACUUUCAGUGCAUUUGACUUCCCAUAUGUACGGCUGAACACCAGUUAGCUCGCUCUCAGUUAAGUUGCUUCCAUCGGCUGUGUUUAUUGCUGCAGAUAUGCAGUGCAGAGAGAGACACGUAUACGCGACGCCCUCUUCUGGAGACGGGGCGGGAAUAUGCAGCUCAUUUGCAUUAAAGCUGCCGAAACGAAAAUAUAAAAAAUACCUGGAGCCUGGCAGUGGGUCCAUCAUACCAGACAAAGGCUUGAGAAGAAGUCUGGUUUUGAGGCAGGAGAUCCAUCAUGGGCAAAAACCUCACAUUCAUACCAGACCCCUGCUGACAUGGUGGAAGGCAUGGAGACAAACACAGCGCUUUUGGUUACAGACCAGACCCGUUCAGAUACAGAUGAGUUGUCUUCGGAUUCAGAGACGCUGAGGUCUCUGCAGAGCAAAAGUGGGUGUUUCUGAAUUGCUGGGUGUUUUCAAGCUGCUGGGUGUUUCUAAAUCAUGCAAUCAAAAUGAUCCCCCUGACCUAACCCCACCCCUAAACCUACCGUCACUAUGACGUCAGCCAAUCAGGUAACAUGGUCGAAAAAUGCCCCGAUCUGGUAACUCCCAUUACUUUGCUGCAGAGACCUAUACUUGGACUAUUCGAAGCUCGAGCUCAGAUCAAAACCGUUAUACGAUCCCAGAUUGCUUUUUCUGUAAGGAUUUCAGAAGGGAGUGUCUAUACAGAGCCCUUGUAGAGGAUCAUUUUUAUUGAGUUUUAGGCUACAUACUGAAAAUGGAACCAAAUACACGUUUUAAUGUGGUGUUGCUGGGAAAAACCAUGGCUGGGAUAAGUGCAUCAGGAAACACAAUCCUGGGACGAGAAGCUUUCGUCUCAAAGAAAAGUUCCAAAUCUAUUACUCGAGAUGUUGCUGUUCAAUCUGGAUCAGUUGGUGACAUUGAAGUCACUGUUUAUGACACACCAGGAUUAUUUAACACAGAGAUGAGUGAAGAUGAGAUUCAGAAGAAAUAUAAAGAGGUUCUUCAGAGAUGUGAAUCUGAUCCCUGUGUGUUUCUGCUGGUGAUCAAAGCUGACAAAUUCAGUGAAGAAGAGAGAAAAACUGUGGAGAAGAUUGAGCAGCUGCUGGGAGACGAGCGCCUGAAGAAAACCUGGAUUCUCUUCACCAGAGGAGACGAACUGGAGGAUGGAAACGUGACUAUACAAGAAUUCAUCAAUGAAACUGAAGCACUGAAGAACCUCAUUCAGAAAUAUGAUCAGAGAUACCACGUGCUCAACAACAAGACAAAGGAACAAGCUGGACAAGUUCAAAUGCUGUUGAUAAAAAUAAUUAAAUCAUACUUCAACAUCAACUUCAAAGAAGAAGUAUCAGAGAUUCAGAAUCCAGCUAUAAGAAAAGGACUCAACGAUUGUGAACAAGACAAGUCUGAACAAGUCUCCAGUCUCUCAUCCAGACGGAUUGUUCUUCUGGGUAAAAGUGGAGUUGGGAAGAGUGCAGCUGGAAACACAAUCCUGGGACAGAGAGAGCUUAUAUCUUUACAGCGAAUUAAUUCAGUAACCAGUGAAUGUUCAAAGGAACACACCACUCUUUCAGGCAGAUCUGUGACUGUAGUGGAUACUCCUGGACUCUUUGACACACAGAUGAAACCUGAAGAGUUAGCUGAGGAGAUAGCCAGAAGUGUGUAUAUAUCCAGUCCUGGACCGCACGCUUUCCUCAUUGUGUUGAGAGUAACAGACAGAUUCACUGAACAGGAGCAGCAGAUUCCUCAGAUGAUUGAGAUGAUGUUUGGUCAGGAGGUGUUAAAAUACUCCUUCAUUCUCUUCACUCAUGGAGAUCUGCUGGAAGAUAAGUCAGUAGAGAAACUCAUUGAGCAGAACUGCAGAUUAAGAGAUCUAGUUCAGAAGUGUGGAGACAGAUAUCACGUCUUCAACAAUAAAGAUCUGAAUAACAGAGAGCAGGUGAAUGAUCUCCUGCAGAAGAUUGACUCAAUGAUAGAGCAGAAUGGAGGAGGACACUACAGUAACCAGAUGUACGAAGAUGCUCAGAGAUUCAGACGAGAGGAAGAAGAGCAGAGACAGAGAGAUGAAGAGCAGAGAAAACAACAAGAGGAGAAACAAAGACAAGAGGAGAUUGAGAGAGUGAAGAAAGAGACAGAGGAGAGACUCAGAGCAGAGUAUGAAGUUAGAUCUGAACGAGCGAGCAGAGAGACAGAGAGAUGAAGAGCAGAGAAAACAACAAGAGGAGGAACAAAUACAAGAGGAGAUUGAGAGAGUGAAGAAAGAGACAGAGGAGAGACUCAGAGCAGAGUAUGAAGCUAAGCGAUCUGAACUAGAAAGACUCAAAGCUGAUAUACAGAGAGAAGAGGAAAGAAAACAAAAAGAGGAGAAGCAAAUACAAGAGGAGGUUGAGAGAGUGAUAAAAGAGACAGAGGAGAGAGUCAGAGCAGAGAUAAAGUCUAAAUCAGAGAGAGAAACAAUGAACCAGAAUGGAUUUCUUAUUUUUUUCUCCAAGUACAAGAGUUAUUUUCAAAUGGCAGCUUUUGUUGCUGGUGGAGUCGUUAUUGGAGCUUUGAUUUUAAUUGGUGUUUGAGCUUUAGCUGGAGGUGCUGCUGGAGCUGUUGGUACUGGAGCUCUUGUUGGAGCUGGUAUUGGAGGUUUAGCUGGGGCUGUUGCUGGAGGUGCUGCUGGAGCUGUUGUUGGAGUUGCUGCCAGUAACGAUACCAGAUGAGCUGUCACUGUUGGUGCUCUAGUCUUUACUCAGAACUUGUGUAAUGAAUGAUUUUAUAGAUACACAUAAAUGUAUGGGGAAAAAAUAUCCAAAUAUUAUAAUUUGAAUUUUCCUUUAGUUUACUUUCUAUUUUGUUGUAACUGCUCAAGAGACUUUGAUUUUUUAUUGUGAUACAAAAAUCACUGAUUUUAACUGACCAGCCUUUCUGAAAAGCGUCUUAUAUGUUUAUCUGAGAGGUGACUGAGGGUCUGGUCCAUAUUCUGAGUGCUGUAACAGUAUUUUACUCCUUUAACCUGACAUUCAGAGAUGGAUCUCUGUUGCUCCUUCUUGAUGAUGUUUCUUUGUUUUCCUGUAUAUUAUUACUUAACACGUGUACUUGUUUUACUAAUCUGUAUAUUCAUUUGUUAUAUCUGUUUUUACAUUUAAGCUUGAUUUGUUGUGGUAUCCGAAAGAGAGACAAUGUUGCUGAAAUUCUAUGUAAUCAUGCAUUUGUAGAUAAUAACUGAACUGCAAAAGUAAGACAUGAGUCAUCAGUUUAAUGGCCAUAGCAGUACAUUUCCUUUUCCUUUUCCUUGUUAUAUUAAAACUAGUUAUAGGAUAUAAAGAUAUCAGGAUACUCAAAUGCAAACUGUGCAUUGCUUCAAGAAAUCAACCAUGCACCUGUGUUGUUUUACUUUUUUUUCUUUUAUAUGUAUUUAUUCUUCAUUCUAAUCAUUUAUCAUUUUAUUAUUCCAUUUAAUCAUAUAAUCAUUAAUAAUAAUAAUUUAAACUAUUUAUAUACUCUUUUCAUUCGCAAAUUAGUCAUUUUGGAUUAGGAUGUGUGCUGAUCAAACAAAGUAUGACCACUGAAACAUACUCUAUUAAAAUUAUUCAA